AUGAAAGUUGCUUUUUACAGAACCAGGCAUUUUAUUAUAGUUUCUUUAUGCAUGAUUAUGCUUCGCGUUUCCUAUUGCACAUUCACUAAAGCAAGCAUACCAGCAAUAGCGACUUACUUCGGGACAAAAUGCCGGUACGAGGAAGUGAACCCACAUUUAAUAGACGAUAUUUUAUUUGUAAAUAAAUCUCUGAUCGCACCUCCACAAUCCGACUGUCAUGCAGUGCACGUGGUGUCAGUGAUCAGACACGGCACGCGCUACCCCACCGCCAAGAACAUCAGACGGAUCGCGCGCCUGUAUGAUCUGAUCAUGAAUGAAGCCUCGAGCACCGAGCCGUGGCUCCAUCACAUCAGGACAGAGUGGAAGAUGUGGUACACCGAGGACAUGGACGGAAAACUGGUGGAGAAGGGGAGAUAUGACCUGAGACACCUGGCUGUUCGGUUGUCUAAGUCUUUCCCCAGUCUGGUUUCUGUGGAGAACCUGCGGGGAGGUGGGAUGGAGUUUAUUACCAGCUCCAAACACAGAUGUGUGGAGAGCAUUCAGGCCUUUCAGGAGGGACUGUACACACACUGGAAUGUGCAAGAUUUGGGAUUCAACCACUAUGUGAAUGAUUCACUCAUGAGGUACUUUGAUAAAUGCCAAAGAUUUGUUGCAGAUGUUGAGAACAACAAGACCGCUCUGAAGGAGGUUAAAGUGUUCAAGUCAUCUGUAGAAAUGGAUGAAGUCCGAAGACGGAUGGCCAGUCGCUUGCAGGUUCCCUACAGCCAUAUAACUCCAGAUCUGGUCGAAGCAGCUUUCUUUCUGUGCUCCUAUGAGUUCGCCAUCAAGUCGGAGAAUUCUCUGUGGUGUAAUCUACUGAAUGAAACUGAUGCUCAGGUCGUGGAAUACAAAAAUGAUCUUAAGCAGUACUGGAAAAGAGGAUAUGGCUAUGACAUCAACAGCAAAGCGAGCUGUCCUCUCUUUCAUGACAUCUUCAGGCGACUCGACCAGGCUGCAUAUGAUUAUAGGUUUGGGGAGCUAAAAAAGAAAGUUACCAUCCAGGUUGGCCAUGCUGAGACUCUUCUGCCUUUGCUUUCUCUGUUGGGUUUCUUCAGGGAUGAAACACCACUAACAGCAGAGAACUUCUCCUCACAGCACAGACGCAAGUUUCGCUCCAGCCAAUUUGUACCUUACGCGGCAAACCUGCUGUUUGUCCUGUACGAUUGUACGGACGGACUCAGACUUCAGGUUUUCCUCAACGAGAAGCCAGUAACUGUUCCCAACAUAGGUCAUACAGCUCCACUAUACCAAACAGUCAGGGAGCACUACUCUGACCUUCUGGGUGGCUGUGAUUUUCAAAAGGAAUGUCAACUGUCCAAAGGAAAUGUCAAAAACACUGAGCUAUGAUUUAUGUAAGGGAACAGACAUGGUAACACGGGUAAAGAAAUUAAUGUAGGGUGUCCAGUGUGAUGGUUUGACCAAACAUGUGCUUUUUGUGUGCUUUAGGUACUGUAUAUUUUAUUAUUUUGCAUUCCCAAAAAGGUUUUUUUCCUUUUAUAUAAAUAAAAA